ACGUUUCUCUUUUUGGGAAAUGAACAAAUCCACUUUGAGAGUCAGUCCUUGAAAUAAAGCAUUUUCUAAGAGCAGCUGAGUAGAGGACAGGAUGAGCAGAGGACAGACUGAGGUCCUGGGGCUGCUGAUAGCACUGACAAGCCAGCUGCUGCUAAUCGCUGCUGCUGGAAAGGACUGUUGGAGGCAUGGAGCUAAGGAUCAGCUGACCUCAGUAGGCCUGAGCUCCCGUUGUCGAGGCCUGUGGGGGGAGUGUGUUCAUGACAGCCUGGUUGGCCUGAGGACAUGUGAUGUGUCAGUGUCUUACAUGGAGCAUCUGCCAGCUGAUUUGUUGGCCAUGCGAAUAGCAUUGCUGGGGAUGUGCGUUCUGUCUUUGGUCUCCAUCCUGAUCUCGAUACCCGGCCUGAGGUGCACUACAUUGAUCCCCAGUGUGCUGGCUCAGGGCAGGCUGCUGCUGAUCUCUGGCGUCCUCUGUCUGUGUGGAGGUGUGUGUGGUGCAGCUGGCCUGUUGUGGUAUGGGGUGGAGACUUACACCAGAUACAGAGAGGAGGUGAAUCUGGGGAUGCCAGGAAUUACAUUUGAGUUUGGGCUCUCGUACUGGUUGAUGGUGGGAAGUGUGUUCUGCUCUCUUCCCUCAGCUGUUUUGACAAUCAGGAGUGUGUCUCACAUCAGUGAUUCCUUCAGGAUGCGACUCGAUCACAGUCAGCCGGCCCAAACCAACACCAUCAUGUCGCCACAGUCUACCUUAAACUGCAAGACUUACAUUUAAAGCUUUCCUGCACAAAUUCUGUUUCAUCAAGAUUGUCUCUUUCAGAGCUGUAUCAACAUGUGAAUAUUAGAUCUUUGGUUAUUUUUCUGUAUAAACAACCAGUAGAUUGUUGUUGUUGUUGUUGGCGUAACUGCUACUGUUCAAUAAAGAGCUGAU